CACCGACUCUGAACAUGCAGUGGCUGGCUCUCUGUGCUGCGAUCUUCACUUGGGCACACAGUGUCCAUGCUGGGGCAGUCUGCUCUGUUCCAGAUGAGCAGAAGGCUUUAGUUACCAGCCUCCAGCUGAACAUGGCCAAAUCUGUGGGACCAUGUGUCCCUCCAGACCCUAGCAUUUUACUAGCAUUGAAUCUGGGAAGCAAGAACCUGAACCCUGAAGCCAGAGAACUACUGAUAAAACAGCUGAAAGAAGAUGCAAUUAAAAAAGUGUCUCAAGAUCUGCCCUUUACAUCUGGGAAAGUUGCACUUUAUAUUCUUGCUCUCCGUUCCUCCUGCUCUGACCCCUGCCAAAUCUCAAGACCUAAUGGCAAUCUUAAUCUAGUAAAAGUACUUGAAGAAAAAACAAGUGCGGAGAUAAAAAGCAUUGAAAACACUCACUCCCCGAUGACCACAUAUUACCAAGUGGCUUUGGAUGUCCUGGCUUUGUGUGUGAUGUCCAGUCCUAGGGCAUUCCCAGCUGCAACUACAUUGAGCAAAGCUAUUCCACCUAAUCCAUCUGGACCUGCAUUCUCUGUAGACACUGCAGCAGUCGCUGUCAUGGGAUUUUCAUGUGUGCUCAGCAUGGACACUACUCACACAGAGUCCAUUAAAACUCUGAAAAAUGCCCAGUCUAUUAUGUUAGACCUAAUCCUCAAGCAAAAGAAGAGUGAUGGCACCAUUGGAAACAUUUACAGCACUGGCCUGGCUGGGCAGGCUCUCACCGCCGCGCAGUUAUAUUAUCCCCCAGGUUCCUGGGACUGCCCUCUCACAGUGCAGAAAAUCCUACAGCAGAUACGCCAGGGUACAUUCUCUCUGCCCAUAGCAGCUGCUCAAGUGCUGCCCUUUCUGAAUGGCAGAAGCUACUUAAAUGUAAAGGGGAUGCAGUGUCAAGCUAACAACGCUACUCUCAUUACUGUGGACUAUACCAUAGUAAAUGAUUUGACAGGGGACUACUUCAAACACUCCAUACAGGUUGCAGUACCAGAAGGCUCCACAUUGCUUAAGGUCAUGGAGAAAGCAGCGGAGGUCAACCCUAAAGAGUUCAGUUUCAGCACAGAAGAAACAUCUUGGGGCCUCUUUAUAACAAGCAUUAACAAUCUUGGUGGAAACAGCAACCAGAAGACAUACUGGCAGUUUUUUAGUGGAAUUACUCCCUUGGAGGAAGGUGUAAGCACGUACAAGCCUCACAACAAGGAGCAUAUAUUAGCCAUCUUCAGCAAAUACUGAUGAAUAAAGUUUCAUCCAUACUUUAGUUACCAUUUAUAUUCUAUCCUGCUUCUUUGUAUGUACAAAAGACCUUUACACUUGCAUCGGAUAUUCAAGUAUUGGAUAUUCAAGUGUAAAAUAAAUUUAUAAGUAAUAUUUUGAAACACUUAAUUUAACUCCUGAUCUGUUUUUUUUUAUUUUUUGUUCCCAUCAUGACAGAGGCUGUUUGAACAUUUCUACGGUGUUUGUGUUUAGCUGUAAUUAUAAAAUUUAAUUUAUCAACUAAUUUACUAUAACAAAAAAAUGGUAAAAAAUCGUUUUUUGGACCCAAACAACUUUUCAUGCAGCCAUUUUAUCACCAUGUAGAAGAACACAUUUGAACUAGAAUGUUUUUCAUGCUGUAAUGGCUACAUUCACAAGUCUAGUUGUCACCAUCCAUUAUGGUUAAAUGGUAUACCCAAGGGGCAAUUCACUCACAUCAGACUAAAUUUGCAUAGACUAUAGAAAACGAGUAAACAUUGUCAUGGAGGAAUUCCUUGAAAACAGUAUGAUGAAAAAUAAUAAAUGAAAGUGUUAAAAGUAA